AUGGAGAUGUCCUCGCCGCUCGCCGCCAUGCACCCACCGCCAAUCCCUGGUCCCUGGGGCUACCGUCGCGAUCUACCCUCGAAGCCUUUGUUUGGAGCACACAGUUUGGGACCGAAGAGCUUCAACUUCCGGGACAUGAGCAUGAAGAAGCCGAGCAUGGACUACUUCGCUUUGCAGCCCAUGGGCCGCGGUUCGUCGCCAACGGCGAGCCUCGCCGCCGACAUGUCCUCGAACCUGCACGUCGACCAGAGCCCUCAGUUCGCCACGCCGCGCCGCUCGCUCUUCACAUCAAACCUGUUUCACCAGAUCGACUCUCAAGCAGAGGGAGCCACGACCCCGCCCGUCCGAUGGGAAGGCGUGACUACUCCGCCAAUUCCCUCCUCGUCGCCCUGCUUCGUCCCUGACUCCAUGGAUAUCUCUCCUCUGCCUCACAAAGCCCCAUUCAGCUUCAACGAGCGCUCCAUCCCGCUGCCGUCCCCAUCCCCAGAGACCACACCGAGCACAGACGACGACGAAAUGCUUUCGCCUUGCGACCUGCCCACUCCACCAAAGUUCCCCACCGCGAUGCUCGAGGUUCCCCGGCCCCUGUCUGCUGCCGAUCGACGAAAGUCUAUCCUUCUGAGACCAUCUCUUUCCCGCACCAAGAACUACUCCACUAACACAGUAUCCUUCAAGCAACAGGAGAACAACAACCCGCUGCCUCCCUUCCAGUUUGGUGCCGGGGUUGACAGCUUGUCCAACGCCUCAUCAUUGUCGUUAGACGAGUGCUUCACUGCCUCACCGCCACAGGAACGCCGCCCCGGCUCCAAUGGUUCGCUCUUUGCAUCGAAACCUAAAGCUUUCAACCUCAACUCAAGUGCUGCCUCUCGUGCCAACGGAUCCCCUCUCGCUGCUAUUCGCAAGCCUGCUGGGCCUCCCUCGCGGACUCGACCGAGCAAAUUUCGCCGUUCUCUGAGCAUGUUUGAACACCCUGGUGACGUGAUGAACGCGAAGCAGGAUCAGGAGAACUACCAGCCGAGUGGUCUUCAGUCUGUUAUGGAUGUCGAUGAUACCCCCUCGCUCAAGCUUCCUCACUUUAUGCCCACCGAGGCUGAGAGCUUACCACGCAUUUCCCACUCCACACUGGUUCAAGUUCUCGAUGGAGAGUAUGACCAACACUAUAACCACAAGGUCAUCAUUGAUUGUCGCUUUGAGUAUGAGUACAAGGGUGGCCACAUUGAGGGCGCAUUGAACUUCUGUGAUAAAGAGAAGCUUGCCGAGCGUCUUUUCCAGGCUCCAACAAGUGAGAAGACUCUACUGAUCUUGCACUGUGAAUACUCUGCACAUCGUGCCCCCCUCAUGGCUAAAUUCGUACGGUCACAGGACCGCAAGGAGAAUGCUCACCGCUACCCUCUCUUGUCGUUCCCUGAAGUGUACAUCCUUGACGGUGGCUACAGCUCUUUCUACCAUGCACACUCCACUCGUUGCUUCCCGCAGAAUUACCUCCGCAUGGAUGCUAAGGAACACGAGCAGUCUUGCGAACGUGGUUUGAACAAGCUCCGUCAACGCACAAAGCUUAGCCGCGCGCAGACAUUUGCAUUCGGGCAGCAGUCUUGCCAGAUGGAAGACAGCCCUACUGCAGUCGGCCGGUCAAAAAGUGGAGGCAUCUUCAUGCUCGGCGAUGAUGCAUUCAACACAGGACGAAUAGGCGCCUCGCGUCGCAUGGCAUCCUAUUGA